UCUCUCAUUCUUUCACCAGCUUUAAUAAUGGCAGUGACUUUAUGCCAGCACGUGGCCCCCUUUCGCCACCCCUGUGAUUUCCAGUUUUAACCCCCCUGUUGCUGGGUGGGUUUUUAUCCUUUCUUUCCCUCGCAGAUGGUAGGUAGGCGUGAUCCCGGCUGGCUGCUGACUGCGGGCAGAGUGGGCAAGCGUGUGCCCGCCCCUGUCCCCUACCUUGUGGAUCGCAGAAAAGGGAAGGCAUUGAGCGAGGGAAAUAAGGGUUGCAGCGAGGAUUUUCCCGGUCUCCACAGGCAAUCGUCGCCAGUGCCACACGCACUGCGUCCAAGGCAGAUGCCGACGGCCGGACGAACUGCGGCAGACAGAGACGGACAGCAGGCGUGGGCCCGACGGGUUGAAGGAAAAAUAUUGACAUGGGCUGCUGCCAAAUCUGGCACAACAGGCCGGGGCUGCCAGCCCCUUGGAGCCGACAGGGUCACGGCAGACUCGCAUUUUCGUGGGGAUGAGACAGGAACAAUCAAGCUUUGAGGCUACUUUUAUUGAUACGAGGUGUCAAUAUUUGGUCCCUGACAGCGACGAAAGUGUCAUGGUUGUGGCCGAGGUGCCGGGAAUGUUGGUCACUCUCUGUUUGUAAGUGAGUCUCUUUUCAUUCUUGCGUCCGAGGUUGGUGUUGGACACCUGCCUGUCUCUCCUUUCCCUCUACCUUGACGACUCCUAGGUUACCUACUCGUUGUUGUUGUUGUUGUUGUUAUCGUUCAAACCAGUCCUUGCUGGCAGGGCAGCUGUCGUCCGAUUUGCGCAGGGCAACGUCCCAAAGAGGCAGGCGAGGAGACCCCUUUUUGCUGGCCGAGGCAGAGAAGCAGUGGAGCACGGGCAGCCUUUUCCACCUUCGUUCCUUCUCCUCAGGGGGUGAUAGUCUCCGUUGAUGUCAGCCGCCUUCAGGCGGCCAGCCCGCUGCCCCACCCAACGAGCAGUGAGAGCCCAUCGCCUCCAAUUCUGAAGCCCCACGGCUCGGUGCAAUCACGAACUUUGUGAAAUUGCGAUGGCGGCUUCUCCGCACCUCUCUUCAUCACCACCAGAACCACCAGAUGGAGCCUCCCCACCGACGCUCCCACCACGCGCUCACACCGGCAGCCAACGCCCAACACCCACCCAGUCGGCCCAGCCGUUGCCACCGAACCCUAUCGUCCGGCAUAGGGGCUUCGUCGUCCACAAAAGUCGCCGCGAUGCCCUUCCCUUUGCUCGAGUCUGUUCUUUGCCAACACGCCUCUUGCAGUCAAGUCAACCGACCGGCCCAGCUUCCCAGUCUUUCGCUCGCUCCCUCGGCUUGAAUACUUUCUUCAGCCAUCCAUUCUUUCAGCUGGCCAGCCGUCUGCUCCCCCUCCCCUUUGACAAGAUGCCUUCCGCCGCCUCCGUCAUGCGUGCCGCCGUCCUGGCUGGCGUCGCCUCGGCCCUGCCCGAGUUGGCCCCGCGCCAGAUGGUGACCAACAGCUGCGCCGACGUCCACAUCUUCCUGGGCAAGGGCAACAACGAGCCCUACCCCGGCCGCCAGGGCAAGCUCGUCUCGGCCAUCUGCAGCGGUCUGUCGUCGUGCGACUACGAGGACAUCCAGAUGCAGAACAUGCUCGAAGACGAGUUCUGCGGCGCCGUCACCCAGGGCAUUACCAACGGCCACGCCCAGAUCGUCGCCUACAACAAGCGCUGCCCCAACUCCAAGAUCGUCGUCAGCGGCUUCUCCCAGGGUGCCCAGGUUGUCGGUGAUAUCUUCUCGGGCGCCGGCAACACCGGCUUCAAUGGCUGUGUCAUCCCCUUCAUUCCGGCCCUGGACAUCACCAGCAAUGCCGGCCGCCAGGUCGCCGCCAUCCUGACCUUCGGUGACAUCAGGCACACGGCCUUCCAGCCAUACAACUACAAGAGCGGCGCCACCAACUGGGGCACAAGCCCGCGCACCACCGACCAGCUGGCCAAGGCCAUGAACUACGCUGGUGUCUGGAGGGACUACUGCAACGCCGGCGACCCGGUCUGCGCCGGCGGCAACGUUGUCGACGAGCACCUCAACUACUUUGACGUCGACACUCCCGACGCCGCCGCGUUUGUCCAGAGGCGCAUCGCCGCCUUCCAGGGGCCCGUCAAGUCCAGUACCCCGGCCCCGGGUCCCACCCCGGCCCCCACCACCCGGUCCCCCUUCACCAACGGCACCAUGACCACGAGCUCCCCCGGCUCAACCGUUCUUACCGUUACCGAUGUCUCUGGCGCUGUUACCGUCUACACCACUGUCUGCCCUGAGACGUCUUACACCGAGAAUGCGCACACCGUCACCCCUCCCGCCGGCCACUCCCCGACCGUCAAGCUCCCUCUGCCCGAGGCCACCUGCGAGACCACCGAGAACCUCUCGGCAAUCCCGACCACCGCCGCCCCCACCAGCGCCCCUGCCGUCCAGCCCACCGGCGGUGUCGUCAAGCCCACCAGCAGUGUCGUCAAGCCCACCGGCGGUGUCGUCAAGCCCACCCCGUCGCAGCCCGUCUUGAGCGGUGCUUCGGCCACUGGUGCCGGCUUCUUCGGCCUGGCUGCUGCCAUUGUCGCUCUGGCUCUCUUGUAAAGGGGCUCUCGCCUAGUUCGCUAGUUUUACGCUGGUGAUGCGGAUUAUUACAUAUGUAAUAAUGGUGGGUAUCUGCUUUGGUCUCGGAGUUGACGACAAUGUAACGCCGCGACAUGCCCUUUUCCGGUUGUAAACGAUUUAGAUUUAGCUAGUAAACCGUUUAAUCACAUAAUGUCAAAGAUUUGCAUUCAAAUA